UAUAUAACACCGAACAGGCUGCCCAACCAACAUUGUCCGACAUUCUUUAACCAUGGCUCUGGGAGACAAGAUUAACACACUUUUCUCCAUCUACUUCAUCUUCCCUCUCGCCAAGGUUUACUUGUACUUGAUCAGAAAUCCUAAAACUCGAGAAUAUUUCGAAUCCAAUGGAAUCCUUUAUCUCGGCGACGUCUCGGUCGACUACGUCAAAAACUUCAUUGACGGGAUUUCCGGUACUAAAUAUUGGAUGAAAGUGUACAAUCGAAUCAAACAGGCGAAUGCUGACCUCGCCGGAUGUGCGAUGGCCGGAUAUAACUUUGUCCUGCCGAGAAACCCAUCCCUCAUAAAAGCAAUUUUGGUAAAGGACGCCUCCCAUUUUGGCAGGGUGGAUACACUCCUCAGUCUAAAAGGGGAUUACUUCGUGUCAAAAUCAUUAAUAUUUGCGCAAGGCGAGGCCUGGAAGAAAACCCGGGCGAAAUUUGAGAGUGCCUUUACACCGAGUAAAAUUAAGCAGAAUUUCGACCAGGUUAACCAAUUCGGAAAAAAUUUGGUGGCAUAUUUGAACCGCGAGUUGGAUAGGGGUACAAAAGCAGGGAUCAAUUUUGGACUUGCCGCGCAUAAAUAUACGCUCGAUGUGGCGGGAUCAACGACGCUAAAUUUGAACACGGGAUCCCUUCAGACACGUGGACCGUCUCAUAUUGAACAAGUCUGGGGGAAAUUUUUUGUCUCGUUUGAUAACUUUUGGAACUGGUGGAAACCCGGGUUCAUUCAGUGGUUUCCCAGAAUUGCGACGUAUUUCAAGAUUACACUGGUUGAUAAGGAAAUUGUGCAAUUUUACCGUCACGUCGCUAAGGGCGAGAUGAAUAACUCGAAUGAAAAUGAGGUCGGAGAUAAGAAUAAUUUCGUCCAACUUGUCCACUCCACGUGGCAGGAACUGUACGGGCGACACGUGGAUAGGCCGGAUGAAGAAGAAUGGAUCGCAGCCAAUUUAUUUGGCAUGACUGUGCCGGGCUACCAGACGACGCCGACCCUGAUAUCGAUGUGUGCUUAUGUUUUGGCUCUGCAUCAAGACGUGCAAGAUAAGCUGAGGGACGAGGUGAACGCUACAUUCGAAUCGAAUGGAGGGGAAUUUAAUUAUGCCGCGGUUAGUCAAAUGAGCUAUGUAGAUAUGGUGAUAAAUGAAACUUUGAGGAUGCACUCGCCCGUGGGAUUGUUGGGGCGCAUGUGCACAAAAGAAUAUCCCGUCCCGGGUACUAAAUAUGUCAUAAAAGUCGGUGACAUAAUCCUAAUUUCAUUAUACGGGCUGCAUUAUGAUGAAGAGUAUCACGAAAAUCCGCAAGUUUUCAACCCGGAGAGGUUUUCCGGAGUAAAUAAGGAUUUUACCUUCCUCCCGUUUAGUCAAGGGCUAAAGAGUUGCAUAGGAAUUUGGAUGGUAAUGAUGCAAACUAAAAUGGCUUUGUGCCACGUCCUGAGAAAUUUCAGACUUACCCCGUCCCCAGACACGCUCAUUCCCAUGAAGUUCGUUAACUCGCAAGUUCCUGUAAUGGAUCCGGAAAAGGUGUUCGUGAACUGUACUAAAAUUGAGUGAUCGUCAAGAGAAUUACGGGGGCUGGAGGAUCCAAGAAACAUAAAGAACACAAUAACUACUUAUGUACUUAUUUAGGCAAACAUGUCAUUAAUCUAAUAAGUACUCAUUUAAAUGAUGCGGAUAAUUUUACGGUCAUGCCAAUCAACAAUAAAGUUGUUAAAAACAUUAUUUUAUUAUUAAACAGUAUACAUAACUGAAUUGAAACGGAAGUCAAUUCAAAUUGAUGGAAAUUUAAUUCUGGUCCGAUCAGCAUUUUUGUUGCCAAUUGUACCUGUACUUAUUUGUAGGUUCAUAUUAAAUUUUGAUAAGUAAUAAAUGUUUGAUUUUUUAUGUACUUUAUCAUUUAUAUCGGCA